AUGCCGGCAGAUAUCCGGUCCUUCUUCGCUCCAAAGGGUGGAGCCGCCCCAGCUCCUAAAAAGCCGGCACCACCACCUCCUGCUAAACCCGUUAAAAGAGGUCGGAAAGUUGUCGAAUCUGAUGAGGAAGAGGAAGUAAAGCCAGCUCCGGCGAAGAAGCCAAUUUCCAAGCCGGCGCCGAAAACUAAAAAGGAAGAACCUAUCGACGAUGCAUCCGCCUAUUUUGCCUCCUCCGGGAAAAACAAAAUCACCCGUACCGGUCCCGUCCGUGCUGCUCCACCCGUCAAAAAGAAUAUUACCAUGAAGAAACUUAAUCUGAAUGACGACGAUGCUAAGUAUCUUGAUGACGACGACGAAGACUACGGUGACGAUAUCUUCAAAAGCGAGUACGGGAAGGCUGUUGAGGAUGAGCCUGUGAAGAGAAAAAAAAAGAAUGAUGACAUGGAUAUGGAUGAUUAUAAAGACGACGAGGGUGAUGAAGAUGAGGAUAUGGAUGACUUCGUGGAUGAUGAAGAGGAAGUAGUCAAGCCAAAGGGCAGAGGGAGGCCGGCGAGGGCCAGUGUUGUGAAGGUCACCCCAAAGAAACCGACUACUGCUGCCGCCGCACCUAAAGGAAGAAAGAGGAAAUCGAUAACGCCCGAAACUGACGACGACGAAGAGGAUGAACAACCGAAGCCAAAGAAGAAGGCGACGGCUGCGGCCAAGAGGAAGACACCGGUGAAGAGAAAAGAGGUCGAGGAGAUCGAGGAGUCAGAGUCGAUCAAAGAGAUCUUGAGUUCUGUCCCUACCGUUCGACCGCCUACCCCGCCCCCGCGAGAUGAUACAAAGAAAUUCAAUUACCACGCAUACAAACAGAAGGCGCCCGCGCCACCACCAUCUGGGACAAAAGAUAUACCUACAGGAGCCGAGAACUGCCUUGCCGGUCUGACUUUCGUGUUCACGGGUAACCAACAAUCCAUCAGUCGAGACGAUGCAGUUGAACUGGUUAAACGCUAUGGAGGAAAGGUCACUGGUGGCCCGUCUCGGAAAACCAGCUAUGUUGUAGUAGGAAGCGAAGCUGGACCGAAGAAGCUUGAGACAAUUCGGGAAUUAAAGCUGAAAACCAUUGACGAAGAUGGACUAUUUGCGCUCAUCUCCAAACUCCCCGCACACGGUGGUGACAGCACGGCCGCGCAAGCUGCUGCGAAGAAGGCCAAGGACGAGGAGAAGAAGAUUCAAGAAAUCGCCAAGGAGAUGAAGCCAAAUACCUCUGUUGCACCGGGCAAGGAAGCCAAGGAUCCAAAUUCACAGCUGUGGACUGUGAAGUAUUCACCAGCGACCAUGAAGGAGAUUUGUGGCAACAAGGGGCAGGUUGAUAAGCUACAAAAGUGGCUACAGAACUGGCCGAGAAAUCUAAAAAAGAAUUUCAAAAUGCCAGGUCCAGAUGGGAGUGGCCUUUAUAGAGCUGUAAUGAUUCACGGGCCGCCAGGUGUGGGCAAGACAACAGCAGCACAUCUAGUUGCAAAACUAGAAGGAUAUGACGUUCUCGAGUCAAACGCCAGUGAUACUCGAAGCAAGAAGUUGUUGGAUACGUCGUUGAAGGGAGUUCUGGACAACAGGAGUUUGAUGGGCUAUUUUAACGCUGGAGAUAAGAAGGUUGAUGCAGCAAAACAGAAGAUUGUAUUAAUUAUGGAUGAGGUGGAUGGUAUGUCUGGAGGUGACCGAGGCGGUGUCGGGCAGAUGGCCGCGAUUUGCCGGAAAACACAGAUACCUGUCAUUUGCAUCUGCAACGACCGUCGACUACCGAAGAUGAAGCCUUUCGACCACGUCACCUACGAUCUUCAAUUCCGACGCCCAACGGCUACCGAAAUUCGAACCCGGAUGAUGACUAUCUGUUAUCGUGAGGGCCUCAAGCUCAGCCCUCAAGCUAUUGACUCGUUAACAGAAGGCUCGCAUUCCGAUAUUCGUCAAAUCAUAAACAUGCUUUCGACAUUUGGCGUCAGUGGCAAGGAAAUGAGCUUCGAUGAGAGUAAAAACAUGGCAUCGGCUUGGCAGAAACAUGUUGUUUUGAAGCCGUGGGAUAUCGCGCAGCAACUCCUUCAAGGUCAUAUGUUUGCCCCAACUAGCAAGAAGACUUUGAACGAUAAGAUUGAGUUGUACUUCAAUGAUCACGAAUUUUCAUACUUGAUGAUUCAGGACAAUUACCUCAAACCGAACCCGCAGCGGGCAAGUAAUUACCAAGGUCCCGAAAGACGUUUGAAGUUACUAGAACUAGCGGACAAAGCUGCUGAAUCGAUAUCGGACGGAGAUUUGGUCGAUGCGAUGAUCCACGGGCCGCAACAACAUUGGAGUAUGAUGCCUGUUCACGCCGUAUUUUCAACAGUUGCGCCAUCGAGCUUUAUGUCUGGAAGUUACGGAGGCGGACAUAUGCAGUUCUCGGCAUGGUUUGGACAAAAUUCUAAGCAGCAGAAGCUUAACAGAUAUGUGAAAGAAAUCCAAAGUCACAUGAGAUUGAGGUGCUCUGCGGAUCGACAUGAAGUCCGACAAUUCUAUGUGCCGAUGUUUUGGCAAAUGCUCUGUCGGCAGUUGGAGCGUGAAGGAAAGGAUGCUGUAGACGGAAUGAUCGAGCUUAUGGAUGAUUACUUCCUGACAAAGGAGGAUUAUGACGCCAUGAUCGAGCUUGGAGUUGGGCCAUUAAGUGAGGAUACUUUAAAGGUUCCGACGGCUGCGAAGUCAGCGUUCACGAGAGCUUAUAACGCGGCCUCUCAUCCAAUGCCGUUUAUGAAGGCAAGCAAUGUGAUUGCGCCAAAGGGCAAGGCAGCCAAGAAAGAGCAGCCAGAUCUUGAAGAAGCGAUCGAGGAAGACGAAGAUGAACUUGAGAUGGUUGAGGACGCUGAAGAUGCAGUCGAAGAAGAAGACGCUGAUUUGAGUAAGGACAAAUAUGUAAAGCAGGCAAAACCAAAAGCAAAGGGUAAAGCUCCUGCAAAAGGCAAAGGCAAGGCCAAAAAAGUAGUAGAUGACGACGACGAGGAGGAUGAGGAUGAGGACGUCGGUAAAGGAAAGGGUAAGGGCAAGGCGCCAGCAAAGAGUAGGGGACGGGCAAAGAAAUAA